CUCCGGGGCUCAAGAAAUCCUCCUGCCUCAGUCUCUCAAAGUGCUGGGACAAUCCACCAUUUAAAGCAUAGAAUUCAGUGGUCUUUAGUAUAUUCACAAAUAAAUAUGUGUAACUAUUACCACAGUCAAUUUUAAAUAUUGUCAUCGCCGAAGAAAGAAACCCCAUACCCUUUUACUACUAUCUCCCAUCCCCCAAGAAAUAAAAACAGCUGAGUUCCAAGAGGUGCAGGUUCCCAGUUCACAGGAAUGGAAACUCUGGCCUACCUGCACCCUUCCCUCGCAGUGUACCUGCCCGCAGCCGCAGCCUCCUCUUCACUUUUUAAGAUACAGACGUAGGUUUAAGACGCUUUCAAUACCAGCCUCUACGCUAGGUACUUUCACAUAAUUUUCUCUCCAAAUCUUCCCAACAAUCCUAUCAAGUAGCCGUUGGUCCCACUUCACAAAUGACUCAACAGAAACUCAGGGAGAUUCAGUAUCUUGCUCAAGGUCGCACAGCUGAGUCAGAACCCAGUUGUCUAAGCAGGUUCACCGCGCACUGGGUACCAACUUUUCUGAGUCCAGUGAAGCAAACACCCACAAAUUCCAGUGAGGCAAACACAAGUGACGUGGAGCAUGUUUAUUACCUACAGGUAGGCAGUCAGGGACAACAGAAGGCUGGGAUUCAUUUGGAGCUGGACCCCCAAGACUCAGGAACGCCGCCGAGGCAGAUGGAGGAUGGACUCUCAUCUGUGCAUGCCCGACUCGUUUUCUGUUGUUGUUGUUUGUUUUGAGAUGAAGUCUCGCUCUGCUGCCCAGGCUUGAAUGCAGUGGUGUGAACCCUGGGGUUUAAGCAACUUUCCUGCCUCAGCCUCCCUAGUAGCUGGGAUUACAGGCAUGCACUACCAAGUUCAACUAAUUUUUUUUUUUUUGUAUUUUUAGUAGAGACAGGGUUUCGCCUUGUUGGCCAGGCUUCUCUCAAACUUCUGACCUCAGGUGGUCCACCUGCCUCAGCCUCCCAAAAUGUUGGGAUAACAGGUGUGAGCUGCCGCGCUUGGCCAGCCUGACUUGUACUGAAGCUGAGAGACCCCAGAAACUAGCCGCCCUGGGUUUUAUACCCUGGGGCCAUGUGACAUGUUGGGCUGAAGUGCUGAAGGACAUCCUUUUUCUAGGGGGACUGGAACAGAGCCUAGCCAGUCCCUCCUUCCCUCAGGAUGUUGCAUUUUCUGCACACUCCAGAGUUAUUAUUAUUUUGAGAUGGAGUCUCGCUCUGUCCCCCAGACUGGAGUGCAGUGGCACAAUCUCUGCUGACUGCAACCUCCACCUCCAGGUUCAGAUGAUUCUCCCUGCUCAGCCUCCCGUGUAGCUGGGAUUACAGGUGUCCUGGCUAAUUUUUUUAUUUUUAGUAGAGACAGGGUUUCACCAUGUUGCCCAGGGUGGUCUAGAACUUCUGAUCUCAAGUGAUCUGCCUGCCUCAGCCUCCCAAAGUGCUGGGAUUACAGGCAUCUACAGUUAUUCUUGAGAAUUAUAAGCAAAAAAGGAGGGGAGAACCAGGUCAGUUCAAGGCCACUGGGAGAACUGUCCUGCACCACCUGACUCUGAAGCCCAUGAUGUUUCUGCUCUGUGGGACAGUUCUUCAGAUGCCUGCUUCCCUAGGCCUUCCCCGGCGCUCUGUCUCUCCUGCACACACCACCUGACUGUCCUCCCAGCAUGUGCACCUCCCGAUGCGUGGGUUGGCCUGACCCACAGCAGUCUACUCUCCCGGCCAAGCCAACUGCCCCUGGGAUUUUCUGCUCCUCCAAGAUCCAGCGCAUUGCCCUGGUGGUGGCUCAUGCCUGUAAUCCUAGCUACUCUGGAUCCUGAGGCAGGAGGAUCGCUUGAGGCCGGGAGUUCAAGACCUCCCUCCCUUCCCCCAAAUAUUUUUUAAUGAAAUUAAAGGAAGAUCCAGCCCAAGUACCUCUUCUCCCCCACUGACUCCCACACUCUUGUAACAGACGACCUCACAACAGCACUGAGCGCACAGCUCUGGUGUCCAGCAGGCACGGUAUUAACACGCCUUGCCUCGCUCCUGUCAGACUGCAACCUGGCUUCCUGCACCUGGAUGUCCUCAGCACGCAGUUCUGAGGCAGGCACAUAAAAUGUCAAGGAAUUGACUGAACGAACUAAGAGUUCCUGGAUGGGUCCGGGAACUCGCCCGGGGACAGGGUGCCAGAAGGCAGGCAAGCCCGUCCCGCGGUCUGGGGAAGAAUCGCCAGGCGGCCGCGGUGAGCGCCCGGGCGCCCAGCAGGUGGCGCCGCAGCCCCGGGCCGGGCCCUCUCGGCGCGCGGUCACGCAGCUCCUCUUCCUUCCGCCGCGGCGGCCCCAGGGUCCGGCUCCGCGCUCACCGUGCGCCCCGCGCGCGUCUCCGGCUCGGGUCCCUGCCCCACGCCGCGCUGGGCGCCAUGGCGCUCCCCGGAGCCCGGGCCCGGGGCUGGGCGGCAGCAGCCAGAGCGGCCCAGAGGCGCCGCCGCAUGGAGGGAGCGGCAGGGUCCCCGAGUCCUGAGCCUGCGGGCCCGCGCGCGGCGCUUUACGUACACUGGCCGUACUGCGAGAAGCGCUGCAGUUACUGCAACUUCAACAAGUACAUCCCUCGCGGCGUGGAGGAGGCUGCCAUGCAGAAGUGUCUGGUGACUGAAGCGCAGACAUUGCUGCGGCUCAGCGGGGUGCAACGCGUGGAGUCUGUGUUCUUUGGUGGGGGGACCCCCAGUCUAGCCAGUCCCCACACAGUGGCUGCUGUCCUGGAGGCUGUGGCACAGACAGCCCACCUGCCUGCAGACUCGGAAGUCACAUUGGAGGCUAAUCCCACUUCAGCUCCAGUCUCCAGGCUGGCGGAGUUCGGGGCAGCGGGGGUCAACAGGUUGUCCAUAGGCCUCCAGUCCCUAGACGACACUGAGCUCCAACUGCUGGGACGGACGCACUCGGCCAGCGAUGCUCUGCGAACGCUGGCAGAGGCCAGGUGCCUCUUUCCCGGGCGCGUGUCCGUGGACUUGAUGCUGGGGCUGCCAGCCCAGCAGGUGGGACCGUGGCUUGGGCAGCUACAGGAACUGCUGCACCACUGUGAUGACCACCUCUCCCUCUACCAGCUGUCCCUGGAGCGGGGCACUGCCCUCUUUGCCCAGGUGCAGCAGGGCGCGCUUCCAGCCCCUGACCCGGAGCUCGCGGCUGAGAUGUACGAGAGGGGCCGGGCCGUCCUUCGUGAGGCUGGCUUCCGCCAGUAUGAGGUCUCCAACUUUGCCCGGAAUGGGGCGCUCAGUACACACAAUUGGACUUAUUGGCAGUGUGGUCAGUACCUUGGCAUUGGACCUGGGGCCCAUGGGCGCUUUAUGCCCCAGGGGGCUGGAGGCCACACCCGGGAGGCUCGGAUCCAGACACUGGAGCCUGACAACUGGAUGAAGGAGGUGAUGCGGUUUGGCCAUGGCACCCGGAAGCGUGUGCCCCUGGGCAGGCUGGAGCUGCUGGAGGAAGUUUUGGCCCUGGGGCUACGCACUGAUGUGGGGAUCACUCACCAGCACUGGGAGCAGUUUGAGCCCCAGCUGACCCUGUGGGAUGUGUUUGGAGCGAACAAGGAAGUGCAGGAGCUGCUGCAGCGGGGCCUACUGCAGCUGGAUCACAGGGGUCUUCGGUGUUCCUGGGAGGGUCUAGCUGUGCUGGACUCUCUCUUGCUGAUCCUCCUGCCUCAGCUCCAAGAGGCCUGGCAGCAGAGAAUCCCCUCCCCCGUGCUAGGAGGAUGACCAGAUGUUCCUGUGUUCCAGGGUAAUGCCAGGUGGGCUUUGAGGGCUGGGUCGGCCCUGCAGGCAUCUCUUCUCCAUUGUUGGGAGCCAUCUCUGCUCCAUGUGGCCAUUGCGCAGCCCUGGCAUCUCCAGGGGCAUGGCAGCAGUGAGGUAGAUGGGAGGACGUUUCUGGUCCGGGAGCUUGCAUCCCAUUCAGCAUCUCCAGACUCGCAGGCCGGCGUGUGUUCCAUGUCUGGGAGUUGCUUACCACCCACGUCAGCUUCUGUUUACCUUUUGGCAUCAACGAAUGAACAGUGUUUGGAAAUCUAUCUACAGGCAGUUACCUCCUGAGGCGAAGCCUUCCUUACUUUGGAGUAAGGUCCUAAGACAGCUGGAUGAAUCAGGAAAACCAUGUCCCCUCUAGGUAUUAUUAAUAUAAGCAGGAAGGAUCUACUGUAGGAGUGAAGUAUUUAUAAAACCAUCGAAAGGGACAGAGAAAUGAAAAUUAGAGAAAGCCAGCAGCAACUGUCAGAAAUCAGCAACGUGCAGGAGGCACAGAAAACUCCUGCUGAUGGUCUCAGCUUCCAGCAACACAAAAGCAGAUGAUGUACAGGAAAACGCUCAGAAGAUGCUGCAGAACCUCAUGCCUCCUGCCUGCCAUGGCUGGAAACGGAAUCGUGGUUUCUAGAAGUGCCUCUCGUUAGUGGACUUUAAAGCAAAUCCUGGCUGGCAGGAAAUGCUGAGGAAUGUAGUUCUUAGGCUUCAAGCCUGGACCGUAAGGGAGAGAACACAGAAGGACUGAUGGAUGCUGGUGGAUCCACGUGUGUCCAGCACAGCGGCCUGCUGGACUCUGAGGACUGGGAAAGAUCAGAGCAAGCCUUGCCUCUCAUCUUUGGGCAACCGGAAUAUGUUUGGGGUGUCAGGAGCCACACAGACUCUCCUCAGUCCCCUCACCCACUCCCUUCCCCCUGUGUCUUUCCCUUGAGAGUGAAGGCGGGUGGAGUUGACCAGAGAAAGGGGAGAGAAUUCGGGAAAGACCCAAAGUGUUUGUAAUUCUUCUUUGUCUUUUUACCUACAGAAAUGGUCACAUGGUUCUACUUAAAUAGCCUAAUAAACACAUCUGGAGCCUG